AUUUUUAAGUUUCUUUUGGCGAGUGAAAGAGCUACGAGAAAAACAAUGGAAAUAAAUUCCAUAAAAGAGAAUCUAAAAGCUGAAAUACCUCAUCGAGAACAACAAAUUGAAAUCUUGGCGGAUAUCCUUCAAAGCAAUGCCCUUCCACCUUUCCUGUAUGUAUAUGGCCACACGUCAACCGGAAAAUCGUUAGUAGUCCAACGAGUGAUUGAAUCUGUGGAACAUGUUCAGUAUGCAGCAAUUCACUGCAUUGAAUGCCUCAGUCCACGCUUUCUCUAUGAAUCUGUCCUUGAACAGCUGGGAAGUCAAGAACGAUGUGACAAUGCCAAUGAAUUUGCCAGAUACCUCAAGCAGCUUGGUGAUACCAGACCGAUUUGUAUUGUACUUGAUAAGGCCGAAAGGAUGCGAGACUUGAGUGAUGGAAUGAUCAUCCCAACACUGACCAAAAUCCCAGAGUUUACAGGUCUCAACAUUUGCAUCAUCUUCAUUUCAGAAAUCCCCUUUGAGAAGUUUCGGUGUGGCACUGGAAGUCUCGAUCCCAUACAGAUAUUUUUCCCCCAGUAUAGCAAAGAAGAAAUUCUGGAUCUACUGAUGAAGGAAUGCCGACAACCUGAACAUUCAUCUCUUUACCAGACAUAUCUUUCCAUGAUAUUGGGUGUCUUCCUGGUGGCUUGUCGCGAUUUCUGCGAACUUCGCUACAUAGCCGCGCAGCAUUGGGAAGCCUUUAUGGAGCCCAUCCAUUCGGGCGAAAUCGACAAAACUCAAUCAGUGAAAUUAUGGCGACAUCUUGAACCGAAACUUCGCUCCAGUCUGAACCAAGUUUACGUCCGAGGUCCUGAUGCAUGCGGGACCCAAAUAGGCCUGAAAAUGGAGCUUCCAUUCUUCUCCAAGUUCCUUAUCAUCGCUGCCUAUCUGGCGAGUUACAAUCCGCCCCGUUACGAUCGUCGUUUAUUCGUCAAAGCCAAAGAAGGCAGGAAGAAGAAAGACAAAGGUCUCAAGUCAUUGAAGAAGCAAAAGUUGCACAACGCCGCCCGUUUGAUGGGACCCAAAGUCUUCCCCAUCGAUCGAUUGAUGGCCAUUUUCUAUUCGAUCGUUGAGGAACGAGUUACGCCGUCCCUAAAUAUAUUUGUGCAGAUUUCUACUUUGGUUUCCCUAAAGCUCAUCACACACACGGGAUCAGCGGCCAUGUUUCAAGGAGUUCCGAAAUACCGGUGCAAUGCCGGUUACGAUCUAGUCAGAAGUUUAGCCAGGACGGUGAAUUUCGAGCUGGGACGUUACCUCUACGACACAACUGUUUGAUCUUGCUUUAAAUUGUAGGCAGUAUAUUAUUUCCCUCACUUGAUAACAAAAGAAGAGAAUUAGCCUUGUAUUAUAUUUAUUAAAAUUUUUCUUUUUUUUUCUUCAAGUUUUCUUUAUAAACCCGUGUCCCCGCCCCCUACAUCCUCGAGUAAGAGAUAACAAACAAGUACACACCUCAUUUCUUAAA